UCUUAAUCCUUUACUAACUUAACAUUCCUUCUAAAUAAUUCUUUUAAGAACACUUCUUUCUUCCUUACAAACUUUGAUCAAAAGAACUCUGAAGCUUUCAGCUUCCAGUGAAAUGUGGAGGAAAAAAAAGGAUGGAGCCAGCUUUGCAUCGAUGCUCAACGCAGGCCUAACAUGAGGAAAAACUACCAGUACUAUAACACCAUACAGACCUGCCUACCACAGAAUUGCUUCAAACAAUCCUCACGUAAUACACGGGAGGUACAUUGCUUAUAAUAAAACUUAUGAGUUCAGGUGAAGCACGCUCUGCGCUCUUGCCACAGGAGUCUUGCAACACUCAGAGAGGUUGCUACGAUUAUUCAGAAAAGCCAAGUUUUAAAUGCUGAACUUCCACUCCCUUUUCUACGCAAACCGGCGUUCUUUAUUUCGGGACAGUAUUUGGAUACUCUGAAAAGAAACGUUAGUGUGAAAUCUCGCGAGACCACUUUGCGUUUUACUUCUGUAGCGAACGGGAGCUGAAGGCCAACGAUUGGCUGAUCUGGAGGAGGAGCCUCUUCCCGUCCCGCCCCUGUUGCCAGGAUACGCGGCAGCGCUCGGUGCUUGCUGUGAGUCCUGAGGGCCCAGGAACUCCGUUCGUGGAUGAGCGGACACCCGCGAGUGGGUCAGCGAGUGCGCGCGGCCGGCCGAUAGGCUUCGUGGUGGUGGCGGCCUCGGAAAGGGAGGAGCACCCCGGAUCCGUGCGAUCGCCCUCCUUUCGCGCCGGCGGCGGUGAUAAAUCCCAGUGGUUAAAGUGAACAAGCAAUGGCCAGUAAUCACAAACCUUCGGCAGCUCGCCCUAUUUCACGAGGUGGAAUUGGGUUGACAGGAAGACCCCCUUCUGGAAUACGACCCCCAUCAGGAAAUAUUCGAGUGGCAACUGGAAUGCCACCUGGAACAGCAAGACCAGGCUCUCGUGGUGGACCUAUAGGGACAGGAGGAGUUCUGUCUUCUCAAAUCAAAGUUGCAGAUCGUCCUGUAACACAACAAGGUUUGAGUGGAAUGAAAACUGGAAUGAAAGGUCCUCAGAGACAAAUUUUAGACAAAUCUUAUUAUCUUGGGCUUCUUAGAAGUAAAAUAAGUGAACUUACAACUGAAAUUAAUAAACUUCAGAAAGAAAUAGAAAUGUACAAUCAAGAGAAUUCAGUAUAUUUGUCAUAUGAAAAGAGGGCCGAGACAUUAGCUAUUGAAAUCAAGGAGUUUCAAGGACAACUAGCAGACUACAACAUGUUGGUAGAUAAACUUAAUACCAACACUGAGAUGGAAGAAGUAAUGAAUGAUUACAACAUGCUUAAAGCUCAAAAUGAUCGUGAAACGCAAAGCAUGGAUAUCAUAUUUACUGAAAGACAAGCGAAAGAAAAAGAAAUUAGAAAUGUAGAAGAAGAAAUUGAACAGGAAAAGCAAGCAGCCGAUGGCAUUAUUAAAAAUAUGUCUCCUGAAAAACAAGUGAAAUACACAGAGAUGAAAACUGCAAAUGAGAAAUUGUUGCAGGAAUUAGAUACACUUCAACAACAACUAGAUUCACUGAACAUGAAAAAAGAGAGCCUGGAAACUGAAAUAGCACACUCCCAGGUAAAACAGGAGGCUGUAUUGCUGCACGAAAAACUUUAUGAGUUAGAGUCCCAUCGAGAUCAAAUGAUUGCAGAAGACAAAAGCAUGGGAUCUCCAAUGGAAGAGAGAGAGAGAUUACUGAAGCAAGUAGGAAGAAUGAACAUAUUUUUAAUAUAUCAGGAUUUGGUUAAAGAAGAUAAUCAGGAAAUAGCCAGCAUGGAGAGACAGUUGACAGAUAUAAAAGAAAAAAUAAAUCAGUUUAAUGAAGAAAUUAGACAACUUGACAUGGAUCUAGAGGAACACCAAGGUGAAAUGAAUCAGAAGUACAAGGAACUAAAAAAAAGAGAGGAAAAUAUGGACACUUUUAUUGAGACUUUUGAGGAAACUAAGAAUCAGGAACUGGAACGGAAGGCACAAAUAGAAGCCAACAUUGUUGCACUUUUGGAGCACUGUAGUCGAAAUAUAAAUCGUAUGAAACAGAUAUCCUCUAUCACCAACCAAGAGCUGAAGAUGAUGCAGGAUGACCUCAGUUUUAAAUCUACUGAAAUGCAGAAAUCACAAAGCACAGCUAGGAAUUUGACUUCAGAUAGUCAACGUCUACAGUUGGAUCUACAGAAAAUGGAGCUUCUGGAAAGUAAGAUGACUGAGGAACAACAUUCUCUAAAAGGUAAAAUUAAGCAAAUGACAACUGAUCUGGAGACAUAUAAUGAUUUGCCAGCUUUGAAAUCGUCAGGUGAAGAAAAGAAAAAGAAACUACACCAGGAGAGAACAGUAUUAUCAACUCGUAGAAAUGCCUUUAAGAAAAUAAUGGAGAAGUUAAACAUUGAGUAUGAGACACUAAAAACACAAUUGCAAGAAAAUGAGACACAUUCUCAGAUUCUUCCUUCUGGCUCUGAAGAUAGCCAGAUUCUCGCCAAUCGCCACUCAGAAUGGAUUAACUACUACUUUCCUCCUUCUGCAAGCCUGUAUUAAAACCUACUGUUCUGGGCACAACCAUUAUGAUAUUCUGGGUACUAGCUUUAAAAAAAUUUUAAAGUAAAGCAUUUCUAGUGCAGAAACUUUGAAAAUCCAUAAAAAUCACAAAAUAAACCCUAAUGACUUAUAUCCCACAAUCCAAAAGAGAUAACUCUUGUCAUUUUGCUGUGAGUCCUUCUAGUCUAUGUGUAUGUUUUAUGUACACACACAUUUAUAUAUAUACAUAAAUACAUGCAUAUUUACUUUUACAUUUGCAGAAAUGGUAUUAUAUUGUUUUAUUAUUUGAAGCCUGCUUUUGAUGAUUUAACUAUCUAUCAUAAAUACUACUUCUCCCUGUCAACAGAUGUUUUUUCUAAAAUAUGAUUGCUAAUAGCUGUAUAAUAUUCUACUCCUCUAUUAUAGGACUUUUAGGUUAUUUCUGGUUUUAAAAUCACUGGUUUCAUAUCACUCAUCCCACUACUAAUUACCUGAACAAUGUCUGAGGUUAUUCUAGAUUAUGAACACUGUGAGAAAUGUCUGUCUUACUCACUUUAUCCUCGUAAAUGUUAGUGGUUGACACAUAAUACAUGUUCAAUAAGUAUUUGUUGGAUGACUGAAUAAAGCGCUAUAUGUCAUGGGCAAAAUCAGUGAUUAUGGUUUGAAAAAGAUUGGCUAUUUUCAUAUCUAUUAGUCUGUAUUAGCAAUUUUCAACUCUAGUUUAUAAAUGUUAAAUGUGUUAAAAGUUUACUCCUUUUCUUUAUAUAGUAAUAUGAUCAUGGUAGAAAACAAUAAUGUCACUUGAUUUCCCACUACCUAGAAAUAACCAGUGUUAACAUUUUGGUAUAAUAUCCUUGUAGACUUUUUGUAAUUAUACAUGCAUAGUAAUAAUAUUGUUUCUUUUAUAAAAAAUUGAAAUCAUACAUAUAGCCUUUAAACAUUUAUUUUCUUAAAUAUUUUCAUGCUCUUUGCUUUUCCAAUGACGUCAUUUUCACGACAGCAGCUGUUCCAUUAUAUGGAUGUACCAUUUUUAAAAAAGAUAUGCCUUAUAGUCUUCUGAAAGGAGUAGAGUUUCGUAGAAGUUUUGCCACACUACUAAAAGCUUAUAAGUCACUAAAUUACAUGAUUCAAAUUACCAGUCAGCUAUUCCGUCUCUACUUCAUAAUAUACAAACCUAGAUACAGAGAUGUAAGUGGCAAAAUCUUGGACUGUUUAGAGUGGAGAUAGGUGCUGGAAAAGAAAUGUAAGAAAAAGUUUGUGAUGUCGUUGCCUUGAAUAGCUCUUAGAAAGAUUGAUGUUUCUUAUGGAAUAUUGAUUGGCCCUCCUCUUCCACUGAAUACAGGACUUAAGGAGGAAAACACUUGCAAACACUAUUUUUACAGCCAGUCAGUGGCUACUUGUUUAUUCCCACAUUAAGUGGAAAUCAUAUUUCUAACUCUGCCAUAACCCACAAUUUAAAAUCCUUUUCUGUAAUAUUUGAUCAAAUGAAAGCUGUUUUCUUGGAAAAUGGUUUUUGGCAUCUGUAAAUAAUUUUAGUCAACAGACUCUUGAAAUAAGGUACGUUUUUGUUAUCGGGUGUUGAGUCAAUCCUGACUCAUAGCGACCCCAUAUGACAGAAUAGAACUGCCCCAUGGGGUUUUCUUGGCUGUAAUUUGUACAAAAGCAGAUCACCAGAUCUUUCUCCCUCAGAGCCAGCCACUGGGUGAGAUUGAACUGCCAGCCUUUCAACUGUAGCAUUAUUUGUGUAGCACUUAAGAGGUCUGUUGCAUUUAUAGCCACCUCUUUGUAUGAAACAAAGAGCAAAAAGUCUGGUACUUGACCUUGCAAAAGAUUACUAGAGAUUUACUGCCAAAAAGUGCAGACUGCUUCCUUGAGUCCCUCCUAACUUUAAGACCCUAUCUGGGCAAGCUAAAUCUGAUUUAGUAGUGCUAAUUCAUAACAGAUACAGUUCACGUAAUUAAUUACAAUUCACCCUAAUAUCUAGAUUUAUUCUCUUUGGAGGAAACAAUGGGAUGGAUGCUACAUCAGAACUGAACUUAUGCCCUGAAAAUAAGUUUAACAUAAGGGUAGUAAGAAACAUAAUUAAUGUUUCUUCCAUAAUCAUAUUUUUUAAAAAGAUCAUUACUUCUUCGAAAUGCCCAGGAUGAACAUUAUUUUAGUGUUUCGUUUUCCAGACAGUCCUUUGCCUAUGGAAAAAACUGUGUGCGUCUUAAAAAAGAAACACCAUAACCCAGAGUUACAAGGUUAAUUAAAUCAGAAAAACAACUUAAUUCUAUAACAGUAAAAUUGUCUUCUGAGGAAGCAACCAUCAAUAUAAUAUCCACAUUAGCUUCCUGUUGAUGCAGAAAUUAUUGUAACUGUGCCAACUUUUUGCCAGCUCUUGUAUAAUCUUCACACUGCAGCUCUGUUCUUAUCACAGCCUGUGGAAUUAGACAGGAAAUUUAGCCCUGGAAAUAAGGAAGUUUCUCCUAUAUAGCUGAACCUUUGACAAUGUUAGAAUAUAUAUUACAUUUGUAGCAGUAGAUGUCCAGAUUUCAAGGAGAGAGUCCUAUCAUGUCCUGUUCUUCUUUUCAGGUUCUUUUAGGAAGAGAAAAACCAUAAAUUGCUUUCAGUUGCGAUGUUCAUUGAUGUAAUAUUUUCUAGUUAAAAUAAAUGCAUCGAGUAAAACCAAUUACAGAAUUUAGAUUUAUUUAUUAAUGUGUUUACCGUUGCUUAAUUUUUCCUAAAUUUCUUUUUUAUCUACCAUGGCUUUAUGUCAGUAAAAGUUGAAAUUUUUUUCUUAUCCUGUUAAAAGGAUGCAUAAUUGUUUGAAUCUUGGGUACUUGUUAA